UGCGCUGCUGUUUAGCUUCCUUCAUCCGGGUAACACACCCACCAGAGCUUUUCCAAAACAAACACCAGCGACUGUUUUAUUUCGGUAUGAAGUUUCUGAUAUUCGAGUGUGCACUAAAGUAUGGCUGAUGUGUGGAGAUCUCAGUCCAGAUGUGCAGACUGGAUGUCACAGCUUCCUCCACAACUCCUUGAUGUUCCUCUGUGGGAUCUCGCCAUACCCGGUAGUCAUGAUACCAUGACAUACUGUCUGGACCGCCACAGUCCAGUCGUGCGUUCAGAGCCCAGGAUACUGACCCUGCUGGACCACGUCGUACCGUGUGUCAUCCGGCCGUGUAUAAAGAAGUGGGCCACCACCCAGGAGCUGUCCAUUUGCGGUCAGCUGGACUCGGGAAUUCGAUUUCUUGACCUAAGGAUCGCCCACAAGAAGAAAGAUUCCAGCUGGAUGUUUUAUUUUGCACAUGGAAUAUACUCUCUGCUUACUGUGAAGGAGACCCUCUGUGAAGUCGCGGACUGGUUAGAGCAUCACACUAACGAAGUGGUGAUCAUUUCUCUGUCUGCUUUCGAAGACAUCACCCCUGUGCAGCACAGCAACCUCAUUGGCUUCUUGAUGCAACUCUUCGGCAAGAAACUCUGCCCCAAAUCAGAAACGCCUUCUCUGCGAACAUGCUGGACAUACGGUUAUCAGGUGAUUCUCUCCUAUGCUGAUCCGUCUGGGUCUGAGUACGUGGAACUUUGGCCAGCGUGGGAUUACUGGUGGGCAAACGAGUCAGACCCAAACCUGGUCAUUUCAUAUCUUGAGCAUAAGAAAGAGAAAGGAAGACCAGCUGGUUUCUUCAUGGCUGGUGUAAACCUCACUGAAGACACCAGGUACGUCCUGUCCCAUCUCACACAGUCUAUGAAGAGCAUGACGGUCCGAGCCUACACUGUUCUAAUAGACUGGGUCCGAAAGCAGCGCCGUGGCUCUCUGAAAACAUCGCUCAAUAUCAUCUGCGCAGACUUUAUCGGGAUUUCAAGCAACGAAUUCUGUGAGAUUGUUAUUGGACUCAAUACAAAACAGUGAAAAGAAAAACCAUGCACUUUCCCCAUAAAGACUUGGACUUAGUGUUGUACUUGAACGUUAUGUCCAGUUGUACAGUGUAUAUUCAACAGAAGUUUGUACAUUUGAUGAUUCACAAAAUAAAUGAUUUGUA